GCCGGACCGCUAGAAGUAGCCCGGCGUCACUGGAUCACAGGUGGACGGGUACACCACGGGAGUAUUGAAACUUCGGGACUCGUAUACCGGCACUCGUAUUGUCCAUGUGAGGAUUACGUGUGUGUGCAUCUGAACCACGCAGGAUGCAAUAGCCAAUCUACUGGAAUUAACACGAAAACUGGAUUAUACAACAGUGCUAUGAGCGAUGGCUCGACGCCGCUGGUGGCACCGUGGGGUCCUCUUGCUAUGCCUACAAGCCAUGGUCGUCUCAGCACUGGACAUGUGGUGGAAUCUUGGCGUCCGGCCUUUCGACACGUGGAGGAACCCCCAGUUGUACAUCCUGGGAGCUACCCCUAUGUGCACCCAGUUGAAGGGCCUCUCCGCCGGCCAGACUAAGUUCUGUCAGCUCUACCAUGAUCAUAUGCCCAGCAUAGGGAGAGGGGCCAAGAUGGGAAUAGGCGAGUGUCAGUAUCAAUUCCGGUUUAGAAGAUGGAACUGUAGUACAGUGGAUGAUACAUCGGUGUUCGGUCCUGUUGUUGCCAUUGCUAGCAGGGAAGCGGCAUUCACGCACGCAAUAUCUGCCGCAGGUGUCGUCCACGCCGUCAGCAGGUCGUGCCGGGAGGGCGAGUUGGCGAGCUGUGGUUGCAGCCGGGCCAGGAGGCCAAAAGACUUGAAUCGAGAUUGGAUUUGGGGUGGCUGUGGAGACAAUAUAGAAUAUGGCUAUAGAUUUGCUAAAGCCUUCGUUGAUGUUCGAGAGAAGGAGAAGAAUCAUCCUCGGCAUUCUAGAGAUCUUGCCCGGAUGAUAAUGAAUUUGCAUAAUAACGAGGCCGGGAGGAAGUCCGUAUACAACUACGCCAAAGUAGCGUGCAAGUGCCAUGGCGUGUCCGGCUCCUGUAGCCUGAAGACCUGUUGGCAACAGCUGCCGUCUUUCAGAGAAGUGGGGGACCGUCUCAAAGAUAAAUACGAUGGUGCAACAGAGGUCAAGUUCAACAAAAGGGGAACAAAACUAGUGCGCAAAAAUAAACGCUAUAACCGCCCGUCAAGGGAAGACGUGAUAUAUUUGGACGAGUCGCCCGACUACUGCACAUCGGAUCCUGACACGGGAUCCUUCGGAACUAUCGGCCGUGAGUGCAACAGAAACUCGGAGGGGAUGGAUGGUUGUAACUUGUUGUGCUGCGGGCGCGGAUACAACACUUUCAAACGAAAACUUGUUGAACGCUGCCAUUGUAAAUUCUACUGGUGUUGUUAUGUGCGCUGUAAAACAUGUGAGCGGAUAGUAGAUGUCCACACGUGUAAAUAGUGACGUCAUCAAGACGUGAAGAUGACGUCAUUGACUUUACUGAAUGACUGAAUUCAUUCGCAAGUAUGAAUCACUCUCCCAGAGGAGGUACCACCACUCAAGCACGUUGUCCCGGUGGACGGUGCAAAGGAAAAUGCGCAAUAAUUUGACGUCACAAAACAAAGAUCGUGUACAUCUUCCAAAAGGACCAGAGGCAAGGAUUGCAGGCAUGGGGAUUACUGAAACAUGUGUAUCUCACAUGAGAUAAACCGCAGUUGUGUUAUACAUGUGCCAGGGAGCACGCGCUUGUUGCCAUGGUAACUCACUACUUUUCCUACGGGAAAGUCCUCCGAGGUUAACUUGGCAGUGAUGUGACAAUCACGGUGAUGAUUAAAGGGCAUGGUUUGUGCUGAACACAGUCCGGACUAGAAGAGUUCACACAGACACUAUUCACCAUAGUCGACCUUUAGCUCCAAAACCACAACAGUGAAAUAGAUGCCAGACUACCAGAGCGCGUCAUCGGUUACUGUUAAUACAUAAUUUAUGUAACUGUUCCCUAUCUAGUGCUGAGCAAGCUGUAAGUCUGAGUUUGUACAUAGUUGGAAACAUGAGGUUCCUGGCAUGUAGGAACCACUAGAUAUUACUGCCACACUGUAGACUUUAUCAACAUGUUUCACAAGUUACUAGGUCAGUAACGGGCGAAGUGUUUGUAUAUAUUAAAGACAGUAAUCAGCAAGUACGAGAUAUUUAUUUACCUUGUAAUAUAUUUGUGGAGGAAACUACAAAGAACAGUGUACGUCAUGACAGAAGUUUGCACAGAUAUCAACCGAGGGCCAUGGCGAGGGUUAAUCCAGGCUUAAUCCAGGAUUAAAGCUGGUGAUCCGACUCCACCUGGCUUGUCUCCAGCCGUACGUUAUAAUUGCAUUUAGUUUCUGUUUCUCUCAGGUAGAAAUUGUAAAACCGAGUUCACGGAUCGAUGAUGCACAUAUAGUUAAAAACCUUAAACGUUAAUUGAUCUACAUUCGAUAUUUGCAGAAACUUUUCAAGAGAAAGCAAGCAGGAGAUAACACACUUGAUUCUAACGUGUACAUAUUUCCAGGUUGUUCAUGACGCAGACCGUUACAUAAAGAACUUGACCUGAGUCAGAUAACUCUUUACUACUUUCACUACAUGUUGCUUUAAAGCGAUCCGUGAAUUCAACAGCCACUAGCAAUGUUCAUUGGUCCGUACGUGUUAUAUGGACCCGUACUUGUACAUAAUUCUGGCUAUAUUUAUGACCCAUUUAUCAUUUGAAUGUAACAUCAUGACACCACAUAUUCAUCCAACCUUACUACUGUAUUCACGUUUAGUCCUGUUGCCUGGCAACAUACAUAUCACCCUUUUAAGUGUCAGUAUCAUUUUGAAAUAUUUACUCGAAAUUACUGACUUACCGUUACAAGAGAGACUGACUUAAAUCUAUGCUCUAAAAGAUUACAUGCAUGUGUAGAAUGAAAUAAGUUCAUUGAACCCGACAUUGACUUUGUUGUGUCUGUAUCCCCAGCAGUGGGUUCCCUGGUAGCGGUCCUCUAGGGUGAUAUGCCUCAAGUUGCUGUAGGAUAUUAUGUUAUGUGCCCAUCUUCAUCAGCAUUAUGUCAUGACUUAACAUCAUCUCUGUGUUGUUUAUUUCUGUUGCUAUGGUAAUAAAAUGGCUACAAUAUUUGGCCACCUGACCUAAUAUGUACAUGUAAGUCUUGUUGUAUAGAUACUGUGUACAAGUCUACCGAGGGAUAGCUGUUUUAACGAGAACGUGUUACGUGAUCCUGGUAAUAACUCUGUCUGUUAGUGUUUCAUAGUGACUAUCAUUUCGUAUUUUCACUGCUGAACCGAACAAAUAUUGUUGACAAAAACACUGAUGUUUUAGCAAUUUGAUAUUUUCUCCUGUAAGUGAUAUUUGGGGGUUAUUAGCAAUAACAAAUCACUUCAAGUGCAUUGAUAUGUGUAGUGCGUAAUUUGUAUUCAGGGGUUAUUGACAAGCAUAAUAUCACCUACAAUAGAUUUAUUUCUUGAAAUGUUAUUAUUUUUUUAACUAUAUGCCUAGUUGACGUUUUAGCAUAAAUGUGAUUGCUAAUUUCAGUUAUCAUAAUACUAUAUUCAGUCAUUUUAUUUAUUUGUAGACUACGAAGCCUCAGCUACAGCCGCCAAGGUGUAGUCUGAAUCAUCCAGGGUAUGUAAGUCAUUCAGAUGUAAAUAAAAUAUUAGAACACAA